AUGUCACAAACAACAGAGGAAGAAACUACCAAUGAAAGUCCUGCCAAACCUGAAGAUAUCAAAACUGUACAGCUUUUAGCCAAAGGACUGUUGGAAAUAUAUGAACCCCCUUUAGUUACAUUAAAUACUCACCUGAAGGAAUUGACAGAAAAACAAGAAGCAGUACACAGCUUGUUAUCCUCAGAAAGACGAAGACUAGAAGAUCUGCAGAAUGAUGCUAUGCUGGAUGCUUUAUUAGCCGACAUAGCAACAAAUAAAGAGAAGCUAACAUCACUAACAAAUACAAUGAUUACUUUACAUAAAAGAGUGCAGUCUUUGCAGGUGAGAGCGGCCAAUGUUGAGAAGGCAGCCAAAUGUAAAACAUCAAAUCAGCCAAAACCAACAACUAGU